CCUCCUCUCCCGCUGACGUCACACCCGCCUCAGACAGACAGACAUGGCCGCCGCUAGCACCGAGCCUCAGCCCGCCGGGAGUCCCAGCCCCGCUCAGGCCGCCGCCCCGGAGCCCCGCGCCGAGGAGCCGGUUGCCGGGAGAGUGGAGAUGGAGGAGGAGGAGGAGGAAGCGGACGAUGAGGAGGAGGAUGAGGAGAGCAGCGGGGUGUCGGAGCGCUCGGACAGCCCGGCCGGGAGCAGCCUGGACGGGGACGGGGGGAAGAGCCGGCAGGAGGACGGCUCCAGGCCGGGGAGCGGCACGGACAGCAGCACGGCGGGGAGCUCUGCCGGGAGCUCGGCGGGGGAUGACGGCUACUGCAGCUCCAGCAAGUCCGGCCGCAGAACCAGCCUGGAGGGGUCCUCUGAGGGGGAACCGCUCAGCCGCAUGGACUCCGAGGACAGUAUCAGCAGUACACUGAUGGAUGUGGACAGUACGGUUUCUAGCGGGCGCUCUACUCCGGCCAUGAUGAACGGCCAUGGAUUACCAACAUCAUCAAGCAAAAGCGUUUCUUACAACUGCUGCUGGGAUGAGUGCCAGACCUGCUUCUCCUCCAGUCCUGACCUUGCCGAUCACAUCCGCUCCCUCCACGUGGAUGGCCAGCGCGGAGGGGUUUUCGUCUGCUUUUGGAAGGGAUGCAAGGUCUAUAACACGCCGUCUACAAGUCAGAGCUGGCUACAGCGACAUAUGCUGACACACAGUGGAGACAAGCCCUUCAAGUGUGUUGUUGGAGGCUGCACCGCCAGCUUCGCGUCUCAAGGAGGUCUCGCCCGUCAUGUGCCCACUCACUUCAGUCAACAGAACUCUUCUAAAGUGUCCGGCCACCCCAAGUCCAAAGAUGAUUCUCCAUCCAAAGCCGGACUGAACAAGCGCCGGAAGCUGAAGAACAAACGCAAGCGCUCACAGCCGGCUGCACUGGGAAGCUCUCCUUAUUCUACCACCCCAGUACAGCUGAAAGCUAGGCCACACGAUUUCUUUGACGCACAGACCCUGGAUGCCAUUCGACAUCGUGCCAUCUGCUUCAAUCUUUCUGCCCAAAUAGAGUCCUUGGGUAAUGGCCACAGUGUCGUUUUUCAAAGCACGGUCAUCGCAAAGAGAAAGGAGGAUUCUGGGAAGAUAAAGCUUCUGCUGCAUUGGACUCCGGAAGAUAUUCUCCCAGAUGCAUGGGUGAACGAGACUGACCGCCACCAGCUAAAAACCAAGGUGGUCCAUUUAUCCAAGCUCCCGAAAGACACAGCCCUGCUCUUGGACCCCAACAUCUAUAGGAAUUCCAGUAAAAGGAUUGCACACAGUGGAUCCCUGAAGGAUCAUUUCUCCUAAGAUCACUGUCUGAGCCAUGGAAGCGUCGCCAGAGAAGGUAGCAGCAGAUGGCGCCAGAGAGCAGGAAGUCUGCUGUCACGUGACCCUCGUUCAGCCAGUGUUUGCUGUGUAAACGUGUGUCGUGGGGUAUAACGUCCGCUUCUUGCCUAUAUAAUUAGUGAGACAGACCUCUGUGCACGCUGACUGCCGUUUGUGUGACAAUGACCUUUCACAUGAAGGUAUAACUCCUAUCCUGUCCUGGAUCGUGCCACUAGGGAACCGCCCAGUAACGCACCCCUCUAAACGUGGCCCAGUCCAUGGGGAGGACGAACCUUCUCCCCAAUAUUCAUUGGAAAAUCAAAUGUCUAGCUUCCCGUUACCGCCUGUUGUAUGACCUAUAGAAAGCAGAUGUAUUAUGCACCAAAGUCUCUGCUGAAAGUGACUAUAUUUUUCUUUAUUCUAAAAUAGAUGAAAUAAUUGCUGUCCUUUCCUGAUCCGGUCCUGAUGUCGGAGCCGCGGCGCCUCCCCCUGUAAAUAGCGCAGAUUUGUAAUAUAUUUUUGUAUUGGGAAAUGUAACUGUAGCUCUGGUUUCUCUAGACACAUGAACGUUGCUGUAAAUAUCUAGGGAUCAUGUUGAAGAAACGCGGAUUUCAUUAGCUAGGACAUUAUCAGUUUUUUAUCUAUACAAGAAGCACCUUCUUACAAGAAUGCAUUCGCAGACUAGUUGCGUAGCGUUGCGAGCGGAGACACCGUGCCGAAGUAUUUCCUCUCGCUACGCCUCGUCGGAGGAGGAGCCAGUUACUCUGAUGGGUCUCUUGUCUUGUUCCGUCAUUUUAUCCUCGGCAGUGCGGGAUGGUUCCGAUAGUUAUAGUAAAUACCGAUUCGUGCUCCGCCUGCUGACGAUGAGCCUGUACCAUCCCCGGAAUAGUUUCUAAAUACUGCGGGUGCAGGGGGCAGCCUGCAGCCAGAGAAUAAAGCACUUCUGCCCCCCACUGGCUAUACCCUGUAAUAACAACCAGGAUGAAAUGUAUUAUGUUGUAGUUAUUUUUUUACUAUGUAUUUGGUCUUCUAUCAUGGUACGAACAGACCUUGAUGGAAUAUUCAUUUUACUUUCUCGUUUUUUUAUUUUUUUUCUGUGUUUUUUCCAAUAAAAUAUUAGAAUUCC